ACUGCCUAAUUUGCAUAUUCGUUGCACGUGGUGUUAGAGAUGCUGUAGCUAAAAAGCACAACUUCAUCGGAGAGACAUAUAAGAGUAAAAUAUUUAGAACUUCAUUCUUAGUUUGUUCAUGUUAAAUUGUCCAUCACAGUACCUACGGAGGGCGGGACUUCCAGGGUGACAUUGUCCUACAUGAAGAAAGUACUCAUCGGGGCAAAUUGCAGUGUAACCGCAAUCUUCGCACACAAAGAUUUUGGAACGCCUUUGUCGGAAAAUCCUCAAGUCACCUUUGCUUUGCUGUCAAGCGGCGGUGCAGUGAGAUGGUGGAAGGAGCUCGGCAGGGUUCUCGUGGACCAGCCGUGAAUGUGGUCUGCAACGAUUCCCUCAGAUGCGGCCAAAGGUCUUGGCACUGUCAUGGGAAUCGCUAAGAUAGAUUGUGGCUGAAGCAUCGUGGAAUCAACAUUCCAUGCUAGCUGGUCAUUACUCACUAUGGGGAUAAAAGGAAGAAUAUUCUUAGCAUACUUAGGGCUUAAACCUGGAUUAUGUCACAAAAGAACAAUGGUAAUUGAAGAGAGAAGAAUCUAGUAAUUCCAACAGUUAGUGUUAUUGCAAAUGUUGAUCCAAAAUCGGAGGAGAAUGUCAAAAAGAAGCAUUCAUAUGGACCUACUGUAGCGUAUAUAGAUACUGUAUGACAAUAUCAACAACAUAAGAAUAUCCUAUGCAGUGUAAAUCUUACCAGCCGUCGUGCUUUGCUCCCACUCGAUUGGUUGUGACUCCUUCCAUCGCCAUUCUCUCAGCACUCCGUGUUUCUUUUUUACGAGGAACGACCUUGGCAUCCUUGGAAAAAGCGUCGGUCUGUUCUUCACUCGGAGCUGUGAGGCGCUGCUUCACUAAAUCUUCAAACUUCAGGUGUGUUUUGGAGCUUCACCUUGACUCCACACCAGACAACAUCCAAUCAAAAAUCACAGCGCGCUUUAGGAAUGUCGAAAGUUCCGGAGGUGGGUGGUUAGGUGCUUUUUGUUUGGACCGCAGCGCACCUGUGUUCCCUCUGUGUGCAUGCCAACUGGUCCUCUACAGGUUUUGCAUGCUAGGUACUGAAAAUCUGGGAAACUUUGCAUUCAAGUGGCCCUCAGCAUGCAAAUGCUGGUCCCAGACCAAACCCUGGUCCCAGACAAAGGACCAGGGCACUGUCUGAGUAACAGGAGCGAGCUGAGAGAAACCACAACCUUAACUGCUAGGUAAAUCAUCUCCUUCCCCCCCUCCUUUAUUAUAUAUUAUAUAUUAUAUUAUACAACAAUCAAGCAUUUGCUUUUUGUUUACAUUAUUCUACAAAGUCCACAUGCAGACAGUGCACUGAUCCAAGGGAAUGGAGUAUUUUUUUAUUAACGAGUCAUGCAUGUGAGUUUGUCCAUGGGUAUGAAUGUGAGUGUGAAUGGUUGUUUGUCUGUACAGGGUCAUACCUCACAUCUAAAGACAGCUGGGGUAGGCUCCAGCAUACCAGACCCAGCAGACCCUAGUGAUGAUAAGCGGCACAGAAAAUGGAUGAAUGGAUGCAUGUGAGUUGUCAACCUUUUUUUAGUCAAUCUAUUUUUAGUACCACCUAACCAGACAAAAGUAUUACAAUACGAAUUAAUAUAAGAUAAAUAUAAACAUGUUGGACUAUAAUAAAGAUGUAUUAUGAAGUACAAAUACAAAUACAUUUGGUUAUUAAUUAUUAUUACAUAUAAUUAAUUAUUAAUAUGGGCUGCACGGCGGACAAGUGGUUAGCGCGCAGACCUCACAGCUAGGAGACAAAGGUUCAAUUCCACCCUCGGCCAUCUCUGUGUGGAGUUUGCAUGUUCUCCCCGUGCAUGCGUGGGUUUUCUCCGGGUACUCCGGUUUCCUCCCAUAUUCCAAAAACAUGCUAGGUAUUGGUGACUCCAAAUUGUCCAUAGGUAUGAAUGUGAGUGUGAAUGUUUGUUUGUCUAUAUGUGCCCUGUGAUUGGCUGGCCACCAGUCUAGGGUGUACCCCGCCUCCCGCCCAAAGACAGCUGGGAUAGGCUCCAGCAACCCCCGCGACCCUUGUGAGAAAAAGCGGUAGAAAAUGAAUGAAUGAACGAAUGAAUAAUUAUUAAUAUUUUGUUUUCAUUCUGUUCCUCUCGGUGAUUGCCUCUUUUAUUUUGAAGGUCUGCUUUUCCCGCCAACAGGAUGUAGUUUGCCGAUAUUGGCCGAGAGUUGCCGAGCUGACCGGAAGCUGUGCUGCUCAGCUAGAACCAGAAAGGAUUUUAAAAAAUCUCAGUUAAAAUACGCGAAACUAUUAAAACUAGACAGCACCGGGAGGUAAAAAGAAAAAAAAGCAAAAUAUGGUAGUUUCCCGGUGAAAACCUUAAGGUUGAUAGGCAUGGUACUGUUGUAUGUCCACACUCCUUACCACACGAUGGCGAUAAUGCACCAAACUUAAGUGCUAACCGCCAUUUUAAAUCAGAGAAGGAAAAAGAAUAGUCAGAACGAUGAAGAGUUUAGUUUUGUGCUGCGGUGCUAACCGGCCAUGUAACGUUUCCUGUAGACACUGAGGAUGUUUAUAACAUUGUGCUACAUGUAUUUGUGGGUGCGGUUCCAUAAAUGCUAUUCAGUGCUGAUCCGCAGCAGACUGUCGGCACUAAGGAGCGACAGAAGCCUGAGCUUCAUCCGCUCAGCUUCGGUCAACUCUAUCCCUCCACGCCAACAAAGUCCACUCUCUCCGGAGGACAACAUCUUUUUGCAGCUGGGAGACAAGGCAGUCACUUUAACUGACCUUCAGGUAUGUGACGACCUGAUCACGUGGACUGUGUUACCAGGAGCAUCUGUCGUUUGUGGUCCACAAGGAGAGAAUAUUUCAUUCAUCAUAGAAGCUGUGGGACACAGUGGCAGUCACGACAUCUCAAAUGAGAAAGUGCUGAAGUGGUCUGACGUUUGCAUCCCCCUGGCUUGCAGCCCCGGCCAGCCAUUCCGAGCAGUGGCUCAGGCCAGUGUAGAUGACUUCAGUCGCCUCGGUGUAGCUUUUUUAGAGGAUCGACUACAACUGGAUAAAGGACUUGUACCUGCCAGGAUUGUCCCGAUUGUCCUCCACGAAUCCACUGUCAGUGAGCUGAUUCAACGCCCUGAGGAGUCCCUAAAGCUGUGCCACACCCACGCUGUAAACGGUCAGCUUUUGCCUUGUCACACGAUACCACGCCUCCAGCACCCUCAGUGCUGUGACUUACCCCUGACACCUCAUGCGGAGCAGAAGUCAGAAGAACAACAAGGAACAGGACAAAGCUGCGUCAUCCCUGAUCAAGGUCCUGACCCUGACGAGCACGUGGACAUCCAUGGACACCAUCUCCAUCUGUCGAGCUGUCAUGAAUGUCUGGAGCUGGAAAACAGCACAAUUCUGUCGGUAAAAUACGCCUCAGCAGAGAACGUUUCAGAUUAUGAUGACUCCCUACAUCUGGAUAGCGGGGAUGACGCUAUGGAUGACUUUGAACAUGACGUCAGUAGUUUUAAAAGCAAAGGCCGAGGACCUGACCACGACAACAAACUUCCAAAUGUUCUCGUGUACACGAAUGGUAGCAAAGAACGUUUUCAUGCAGUUCAGCGGAUUUUAACCGAGUGUCUGAACAUGGAAAAGUACACUAUAUAUUCCCUGGAGCCACAACAGGCUGUGGGUGAACCCUGGAUGGACAAUACAAGGCUCCUGGUUCUUGCAGAGGAGGAAACACUCAGCCCUCAGCUUCACACACAAUUUCUGAACUACCUGAGCCGGGGCGGAAGAGUCCUUGGGCUUGCUUCCUCCCUGUGCCCUACGGGACUCGCUCUAGAAAAGAGAGAACACUUAUACGGGCGAGUGCAUCGACUGUGCUUCACACGAGAGGACAACACGGAACUUGAAGCAAGCGUGUUGGCAAGUGGAAAGGUUUUUGUCCGUGAUGUCCCCGGGCAAGGGAAAAUGGAGCUAUGGGGGGAGCUCAAAGAUGGUCCUCAUCAAAAGGGUGCAGUUAUCAUCAGUGUAACCCAUGAAGAACAUGGAGGAGAAGCUGUCAUGUGCCAGGUACACCUGGAAAAAUGUCCCGCAACUGAAGAUUUGGCUGAUGUACGCAUCAACAAUGCAGUGCAUCACCAAAUCCUGGAAGAGAUCCUGACCUCUCUGGGUCUUAGUUGCCAGCAAAAUCUAACCCCGGCACCAAGUCCAGUUUACCUUCUGGCAACAUCUCAGGAAGCCAAAUCAAAGUUCCUUCAGUGGCUGAACACGCACACCAAUCAAAAUGGCCUCCUCAUGACACCAAAGGCGAACCUCAGGGUAGCGUCCUGUGCCGACUUACACAAUUGUACUUUGCAGCAGGACAGCUCUCUAUUCCUGGUCACAGACUACCCCGAGUCACAGAUCUGGGAUCACUUCUGUCUGGAAACCUAUCGCAGUAACCUGAGCACCAGUCGACUGGGGCAUACGAUGUUAUAUGCCGAUGUUGUUUCUUCUACAAUGGACCUGAUUGAAGGGCUUAACCUGCGUUUACCAGAGGAUGCCGGAUUAAUAGUGAUAGCUGGGCAGCAAAGUCAAGGCAGAGGCCGAGGAAGAAACGCGUGGCUCAGCCCUGCGGGAUGCGCCAUGUUCACACUGUGUGUGCAAGUCAAGCUGAGCUCCAGGCUCGGACAGAAGAUUUCCUUCCUGCAACACCUGGUGGCUCUCGCUGUAAUUGAAGCCGUGCGCACAAUUCCUGGAUACCAGGACAUUGACCUGAGGGUGAAGUGGCCCAAUGACAUCUACUACAGCAACCUGGUGAAGCUCGGAGGAGUCCUAGUGACUUCUACUGUCAUGGGUGCAACCUUUCAUCUCCUAAUAGGCUGUGGCUUCAAUGUGAGCAACAGCGACCCAACAGCGUGCAUCAAUGACUUCAUCCAGCAGUAUAACAUUCAGCACAAUUGCAACCUGCAGCCCCUCAGCUGCGCUCAGCUUAUUGCUCGAACUGUAAACUGCCUGGAGGCCCUCAUGGACCGCUUUCAGCAAGGGGGCCCUGAUGCAGUCCUUCCAAUGUACUACAAGAGAUGGCUUCACAGCGGGGCUCGGGUGCGUUUGUGGAGUGAGGAUGGACUUGAAGCCGAGGUGGUGGGUCUGGACAGCAACGGCUUUCUUCAAGUCCACAGCAAGGAGGAGGGCAUAGUUUCAGUGGAGCCUGAUGGGAACUCUUUUGAUAUGAUGAAGAACCUGGUGGUCAUCAAGCAGCAUUAGGAUCAAACACAUUUAUCCUUUUAUGUACAGUACGUAGUAUUUGAUUAGUACACAGAGGGCAGGAUGUAUUAUUUGCAUUCCAUGUUAAGUAUGUGACCAAUAUGUGCUGGUUGUUUUUGCUUCUCUGACAGAGCAAAUUACUUUUUCACUUAGGACAUAUUAUUGGCAUGACAUCGAGUCAACUUGAAGUCUGAACUGUACAUAUAUUAUAAAAAAUAUAUUUAAUAUAAUAUAUAAAUGUAUUUUUAAUUACAAUUUAAAAGUAAUUAUUUUAAAUAUAGAUUAUACAAAAACUUAUAUUAAAAUUAAUUUAAAUAUAUAUAUUUAUAAUACAAUUGGCUGGCGAUCAGUCAAUGGGCGUACCCCGCCUCUCGCCAAAAGACAGCUGGGAUAGGCUCCAGCACCCCCGCGACCUUCGUGAGGAUAAUACAUUUAUAAUACAUUUUAAACUAACACGUUAAAUUACCGGCUGCACAGCAGACAAGUGGUUAGCGCGCGGACCUCACAGCUUGGAGACCAGGGUUCAAUUCCACCCACAGCCAUCUCUGUGUGGAGUUUGCAUUUCUCCCCGUGCAUGCGUGGGUUUACUCCUCCCACAUUCCAAAAACAUGCUAGGUUAAUUAGCGACUCCAAAUUGUCUAUAGGAUUUGAAUGUGAGUGUGAAUGGUUGUUUGUCUAUAUGUGCCCUGUGAUUGACUGGCCACCAGUCCAGGGUGUACCCCGCCUCUCGCCUGAAGACAGCUGGGAUAGGCUCCAGCACCCCCACGACCCUUGGGAGGAUAAGCGGUAGAAAAUGAAUGAAUGAAUGAACGUUAAAUUACAUUACAUUCAGACCCUGAACUUUCCCCUUCUCUCUUCAAUUGCCAUUGUUCGGUCAUGACAGGAUCCAGAUUUAAGCCGUAAAUAUGCCUCACAUGCUUAUUAAACACAUUUAAAGUAUAACAUGUACAGGUACCACUCAUGAAUGAUAACAUAAGAUGAACAGAUGGGAGUCAGAUUUCGGGUGCUUUUUAAACUAAAAACCAUUGCACCAUGCAUAUCACAUAUAUGCAUGUAGUUGGUUGCAUAUGUAAUAUGUGUGGUAUUUAUUGCCCAGUCUACCAGGAAGUGUUCACCUCACACACUAGAAUGGUCUAAAAAUGCAUAGGAGCUGGAUUGUUUGAAAAUGUUUUAUUAAAAAAGUAAUUGCAUUUGUGGGCUUCCCUGGUCAAUAUCGCCACUGAAACACUGAAAGAAGAACAAACCAUGAAGUCAGUGUCCUGGGCACUAUAAAAGCUGUACACUGGCUACUUCAUAUUGUCAUUUCUGCAGUGUUGUCCCGUGAAAAUAGUAUAUUAUAAAAAAACAAGGGUUGUGACAAGAUCUCGCGAGAUUAGAACUCGUUCAGAAAAAAGCUUGUGAGCAAUUGGCCUGGUACAAUAAAUCAAUCAUAACCAUAAACUGCCAUAUACUAG